ACGACUUGGAAAGCAAAAACAAGAGUCAAGACUGAUGGAAGACGAAAGAAGAAGUAUACAAAACGUUUAGGGGUUUUAUUGUAAUUACACGAAACGACCCAUGGGGUCAAUGCUCACUCUCGUCUUCCUCCUCAUCUUGCUAUAAAGCUCAAAUCACAACUUCCCCAGCCAUGUCAAGAGAUUCUGAACCAAAAUGGGAUUGCCUCAAAACAAGCUCAAGUCUUUCUGCAUCUUCCUCUUGUCUCUUCUCACUCUCACUCCAUUGGCUUUCUCGGAGAUCUUCUUAGAAGAGCACUUCGAAGGUGGGUGGAAAAGCAGGUGGGUCUUAUCUGAUUGGAAGAGAAACGAAGGCAAAGCCGGUACCUUUAAGCACACCGCCGGUAAAUGGCCCGGCGAUCCCGACAAUAAAGGUAUUCAGACAUAUAAUGAUGCCAAGCAUUACGCAAUUUCUGCAAAGAUUCCAGAGUUUAGUAACAAGAACCGGACUCUUGUUGUCCAGUACUCAGUCAAAAUCGAACAAGACAUAGAAUGUGGUGGCGCUUACAUCAAGCUCCUCUCUGGCUACGUUAACCAGAAGCAAUUUGGUGGUGAUACUCCUUACAGUCUAAUGUUUGGACCAGAUAUAUGUGGCACACAGACGAAGAAGCUUCAUGUUAUACUUUCAUACCAGGGACAGAACUAUCCAAUUAAAAAGGAUUUGGAAUGUGAAACCGACAAGUUAAAUCACUUCUACACAUUUAUUCUGCGGCCUGAUGCUUCUUACAGCGUCCUUGUUGAUAAUAAAGAGAGGGAGUUUGGUAGUAUGUACACUGACUGGGACAUCCUUCCUCCAAGGAAGAUCAAGGUUAAAAAUGCAAAGAAGCCAGUGGACUGGGAUGACAGAGAGUAUAUUGAUGACCCUGAGGAUGUCAAACCUGAGGGUUAUGAUUCGAUUCCACGUGAAAUCCCAGACCAAAAAGCUAAAGAGCCUGAGGACUGGGAUGAAGAAGAAAACGGACACUGGGAACCACCAAAGAUCCCAAACCCUGCCUACAAAGGUUCUUGGAAAGCAAAGAAAAUCAAGAACCCGAACUACAAGGGAAAAUGGAAGAACCCAUGGAUAGAUAACCCAGAGUUUGAAGAUGAUCCAGAUCUUUAUGUUCUGAAGCCUAUAAGAUAUGCAGGCAUUGAAGUAUGGCAGGUGAAGGCUGGUUCAAUAUUUGACAAUAUCUUGAUCAGUGAUGACCCAGAAUAUGCAAGGAGCAUGGUGGAUGACUAUUUUGCUCAGCACAGAGAGUCUGAGAAGGAGUUAUUUGCGGAAGCUGAGAAAGAAAGAAAAGCUAGAGAAGAUGAGGAAGCUCGUAUAGCACGAGAAGAAGGGGAACGUAGACGAAAGGAGAGGGGUGACCGGUAUGGACACAGGGACAGGAGGGAUCGUUACAAACGGCACCAUCGACGUGAUUACAUGGACGAUUACCAUGAUGAGCUAUAAGGCGCAGUGGUGGCCUGGUGGGGGAUUUGGCAAUGACAACCAAUAAAAGCAAGUAUUCAUUAAAGUCAUACCUAGAAAGCUGGAAACUAUAUGGUUGGUUUUGUAGUUUGUAUGAUUGUAAUAUGUAUCAUUUCCUGUAAUUGUUAUUUUUUUGCGGGUAAAAAUGUAAUCGCUGAAAAUUAUAUAUAUUCAUAAAUGUAUUCUGAAGUUACAUGCGUUGGAUAUUUAUAAACAUAUUGUCAAAGUUUA